CGCUGUCCGGGACGGUCCGUAUAUAAAUAAAUUAAUCUAAGACGAACGUUUGUGAUGUAAUAAAAUACAAUAAAUAAUAAAGUGAUAAUGAAAGAAAUAAAGGAAUGAUAAAGAGAACAGAAGAAAGUGUUUAUAAAACUCAGAGAAAAUGGAGUAAGUGUUAAGUGACAGAAAACAGGGUGAAGGCCAGCCACUUGAGUGUUAACUCUGACUCAAGGUAUGACUUAGAACUAUGUAUCAAUCAAGUGCUGACUUAAGAAUUAUCUCUCACUCAAUUACUGGUCUAAAAUUAUCUCUACCCUAAGCGGUGACGUAGUUAAUUGCUAGCCCAAAACUGUCGCUCAAGCACUAGCAAAGAGCCCAACUGACCCAGAAGUGUAACUGAAGCGCUGGUUUAGAGCUGUCUCUCACUCAAGCACUGAUCAGCACUAGCCUACACCUAUCUCUCCCUCAAGCGCUAGGAUAAAACUGCCUAUCACUCAGGCACUGAUAUAGAAGUGCCUGUCACUCAAGCACUGGCCUACAACUCUCUCCCUCAAGCACUAGAGCUAUCUCUCCCUCAAGCGCUUGUCUAGAACCAUCUCUAACUCAAGUGGGACUCCUAAUGGCCAGGUUCCUGCGACGAAGUCUUAAGCGCAAGAAAGGAACCGUGACUUUCUUAAAUCACGACCCGGACGACAUCGAGCUCAACGUGGUGCGGUACAAGCCAGACGGGAUAGACGCGCUCGCCAGGACAACCAAAUUUAGCAAAAAGGAAUUACAACUUAUGUACAGAGGCUUCAAGGCGGAGUGUCCCAACGGCAUCGUGAGUGAGGACACCUUUAAGGGCAUCUACUCUCAGUUCUUCCCACAAGGAGAUGCGACGGCCUACGCCCACUACGUCUUCAACACCUUCGACACAGACCAUCAAGGCUCCAUCAGCUUCGAGGACUUCGUGACCAUCCUGUCGGAGUUGUCAAGAGGGACGAUGACGGAGAAGCUACGGUGGGCCUUCAACCUGUACGACAUUAACGGCGACGGCUACAUCACCAAGGAAGAGCUGCUGGACAUAGUGACGGCCAUCUACUCCCUGGUGGGCCGUAACGCCACCCCGGCCGUCGAGGAGAACACCACCCAAGAGCAUGUAGACAGGAUCUUUGAGAAACUGGACAUCAAUGGUGACGGGAUGGUGACACUAGACGAAUUCAUGGAGAUCUGUACUACCGACGAGACCAUCGCCAACUCACUAACCAUCCUGGACACGAGCUUCUGACAUGAGGCCCCCACCUCUUCCUUACUCGUGCCCGUCAACACACCACAAGAUCUCAACUGCAACAUGUAGAAGCGCGUACCGGGGGAGGGGGGGUCAGGUACUGGGGCCACACCGGGAACUACUGGGAUCAAGGGAGAAGCCGCAGGGAGACAAGAUAGUCGUAUUGAUAUGGAAGGUGUGGUGAGAGGUGGAGGUGAGGGGGAGAGUGAGAGGUCAGGGAGACGGUUCAAGGGGAAGGGGAGAGUGAGGUGGGUGAUGGAUCAGGUAGAGAAGGUCGUGGUGACGGGGCCGGGGGAGGAGGAGGAAGAGGCGUUGAUACUGGGGGACGAGGAGGAGGAGGAGGAGGAGGAGGACGAGGAGGAAGAUGAUGAGGAAGAGGAGCCCACAUUCCUAACAGAGACUUUAAUAUGAGGAAUUCUGACCCCUUGUGUCCUGUUGUAGCUGCCUUACUUCCCGUUUGACCUCCUGUUAUCCUUCCUUCCCGUUUGACCUCCUGUUAUCCUUCCUUCCCGUUUGACCUCCUGUUAUCCUUCCUUCCUGUUUGACCUCCUCUUACCCUUCUUCCCGUUUGACCUCCUGUUAUCCUUCCUUCCUGUUUGACCUCCUGUUAUCCUUCCUUCCUGUUUGACCUCUCUGUUAUCCUUCCUUCCUGUUUGACCUCCUCUUACCCUUCUUCCCGUUUGACCUCGUGUUAUCCUUCCUUCCUGUUUGACCUCCUCUUACCCUUCUUCCCGUUUGACCUCCUGUUAUCCUUCCUUCCUGUUUGACCUCUCUGUUACCCCCCUCUACAAACAUA